UCUAUAUAUGUCAAAGCAGACACAUAUAUAAGUUACAAAUAGAGUUCUAAAAUUCUCAUCGAUGUUAAAUUAUAAAUCGUCUGUGAUCUGCUCGUGUCGACUUGUACGCAUGUGCAAGAUUUCCUUCAAAUGCUGCACGUGUUUGGAAAAAUGAGUCAGAUCAGGUGCCGCGCGAUCAGCUGCGAUUUCGCUAUUCGGAUGUUCUUUCUUACUUUUAAAUAAGAAUCGUUCACUAGAGUCAUCCUGUAAAAAGAUUUCGAUCGCGAUGGUGCGAAAGCUAAAGUAUCACGAGCAGAAGUUGCUGAAGAAGGUGGACUUCUUGUCAUGGCAGGUCGAUAACAAUCUCCACGAGGUUAAGAUCUUAAAACGUUACUGCAUUCAAAGAAGAUCAGACUACACGGUAUACAACAAACUAUCACGUGAAAUACGGGAGUUGGGUAAGAAGAUCAAAGAAAUCGAGCCUGAACAUCCCUUCCGCAUUGAGCAAAGUGCUUUACUGCUGGAAAAGUUGUACAUGAUGGGCCUAAUCUCCACAAAGUGGGACUUGUCGCAGACUCAGAAGGUAACUGCCAGUUGCUUCUGUAGACGGAGACUGCCGGUUGUUAUGGUGCGUAACAAGAUGAGCCAGACGAUAUCAAUGGCAACAAAAUUGAUAGAGCAGGGCCACGUACGAGUCGGAGUAGAAGUUGUAAAAGACCCCGCAUUUCUGGUAACGAGAAAUUUAGAGGAUUUUGUAACAUGGGUAGACACAUCUGCUAUCAAGAAACACGUACUGGAAUAUAACAAUGAGAGGGAUGAUUUUGAUAUAGUGUAAUAUAGUCCACGCGUCAACUUUUACUUGUAAAACUGUAUGUUUUUUAUAUAAAAAAGAAAUAUUUUUAUAAUGUAUAUAUAAAACUCUAUUAAUGAAAGUACUAAUUAUUCUACA